GCCACCUUCUUCACCUGGCUCCGCUCCCCCGCUGCCCGCGAAUACUUCUUCAGCACACACUUCUGGGGACCGGUAGCCAACUGGGGCCUGCCGCUCGCUGCCCUCGCAGACUUGAACAAGUCUGAGGAUGUCAUCUCCGGGACCAUGACCGGCGCCCUCGCCGCAUACUCCCUGGUCUUCAUGCGCUUCGCAUGGCGGGUACAGCCCCGGAAUUACCUUCUCUUCGCGUGUCACGCGACGAACGCAACCGCGCAAACCACCCAGGGCGUCCGCUUCUACAACUAUUGGUACAACGGAGGCAAGGAAAAGCAGGAG